CUGCCAUCAGAUGUGUCCACAAAUCACACGAUUUAUCCUACGUUCUGUUAACCCUCCAGCCUGCAGCUAAUCUACCCGAAAGACUCUUUUCAUGGGCACACAGGGCACAUCCGUCGUGUCAGCAUCUUGGAAGUCAACAGUCGCGAAUCUUCAUUGCCGUCGAGAUGUCCAGCGCUUGGACGUUGCUGUCGCUGCUGCUGCUGCACUUGUCCGAUCUCGGAGCAGCCUCUGCUCCACGACACAAUGUGGUGAUGGUCAUCUUUGAUGAUCUGCGUCCAGUGCUGGGUGCCUAUGGCGAUCCACUGGCCAGCACACCGCAUCUGGAUGCAUUUGCACGGGGCGGACAUGUGUUUACGCGUGCCUACAGUCAGCAAGCUCUAUGCGCACCCAGUCGCAACUCUCUGCUCACGGGCCGGCGACCGGACACGCUCCAUCUGUACGAUUUCUACAGCUAUUGGCGCACUUUUGUGGGCAACUUUACGACGCUGCCGCAGUACUUCAAGCAGCACGGAUACCACACCUACAGCUGCGGCAAGGUCUUCCACCCUGGUCUGUCCUCGAACAACAGCGAUGACUAUCCGCUGAGCUGGUCCGCGCCAGCGUUCCGUCCGCGCACCGAGCAGUACAUGAACUCGCCCGUCUGUCCCGAUCGCGAGGGCGUGCUCCGCAAGAAUCUCAUCUGUCCGGUGCACCUGCAGACACAGCCGUACAAGACCCUGCCGGACAUUGAGUCCGUCGCGGAGGCUCUGCGCUUUGUGGAGUCGAGAAAGAGCGGUAGCGACAGUCCCUUCUUUCUGGCCCUUGGCUUCCACAAGCCACACAUUAAUUUCCGCUUCCCGCGGCAGUUCCUUCAGCGCUUUCCGCUGCAGAAGUUCUUCAACUACACGGAGGACAGCCUGAAGCCAGCGGACAUGCCCGCCGUCGCGUGGAAUCCCUACACAGAUGUCAGAGCCAGGGACGACUUUAAGCACUCGAACAUCUCCUUUCCCUACGGACCCAUUUCGAGGCAGCAAGCGGCGCAGAUUCGUCAGGCCUACUACGCCUCGGUGGCCUAUGUGGAUGAUCUGUUUGGCAAGCUGCUCGCCGGCUUGGACCUGCAGCGAACGGUGGUCCUCGUGCUGGGCGAUCACGGCUGGUCGCUGGGGGAGCAUGCCGAGUGGGCAAAGUACAGCAACUUCGAGGUGGCCCUGCGCGUGCCACUGAUCAUCCGCACGCCCGAGUUUCCGGUGAGCCAGGCCAAGAACCACACAGCCAUCACGGAGCUGCUGGAUGUCUUUCCCACGCUGGUGGAUCUGGCGGGACUGCCACCGCUGCCCAGUUGCACGGAUGCCGCAGCUGUGACUUGUGGCGAGGGCAAGAGCUUGUAUCCGCAGCUCGAGGGCUUAGGCUUGGAUGAGGUGCCAGACUAUGUGGCCUUGAGUCAGUAUCCGCGUCCUGGCAUGCUGCCCACAAAGCAUCCAAAUAGCGACAAGCCCAAGCUGCGCAACAUCAAGAUCAUGGGCUACAGCCUGCGCACCGAUCUCUACAGAUACACGCUGUGGGUGCGCUUCCACGCGCUGAAUUUUAGUCGUGACUGGCACGACAUCUAUGGCGAGGAGUUGUACGAUCAUCGUCUGGAUGCGGGCGAAGAGCUGAAUCUGGUGCCAUUGCCCGAAUUCGAUGAUGUGCGACAGCGUCUGCGACGGCGUCUCAUCCAGGCAGUGGAUCCCGCGCUCCUCUCUCACUCUUCGCAGCAUUUUGAGGAAUAAAUUCAUAAGCUAUAA